CGUCGCGACAAACUCAAAAAAUGACGACUAUUUUAGCCAAUCAGAAUCCACUCCCUCCCUUGAUUGAGCCCAGCCCCUCUCAACUUCAUACAAACAAAAUGGCGACUAGAGACUCAUAUUGCGAGACGGAAUCCGUUUACGACAGUCAAGAAACCAUAAACUGUCCAAUAUGCUCGCGGCCUUUCCAAUCUCCUAAGGUUCUGCCAUGUUUACAUGUUUUCUGUGCUGAGUGUGUCCAGGAGUUGGUCAGAGUUCGCCAUGGCCAAGCAUUCUUGCAGUGUCCAAAAUGCCCUAAAAGUAUUGAAAUCCCCGCACCUUACACCGCUGACACUCUUCCACCAUCGCUUCAUCAUCGAAGGYUGCUGGAUUUAAGACUGUUAGAGAAUCCUCAACACUCGUCUUCUAGCUGCGGUAGUUGUAAUGUUCGGGCUUCGGUUGUAUGCUAUUGUUUUCAAUGCGCGGAGUUCCUAUGCACGGAAUGYCUUAACGCUCAUCACUUGGUGAAGAUCUUAAAGGAGCACCGAACWGUUCGUUUGAAUAAAUUCCAACCUAAAGAUGUGAGGGAUUUAUUAAGAAAACCUCUACGAUGYYCAGUACAAACACACGAYGAACAAACGUUUGAAUUUCUGUGCAACGAAUGCAAUUUAUGUAUUUGCGAGAAAUGCGCAAUUUCAAGCCAUCAAGGUCAUGAAUUUGUUCCUCUUGCUGCUGCUUCAGAGAAGAAGAAGCCUCACUUUAUCGAUGGCAUUAAAAAACUCAAACUAAAGUUUCCUGUUUGUGAGAGGCAAAUUAAACGAGCCAAUGAAGCGAUAUUAAUACUUGAGCGCAGUAUUAACAGCGUCAGACGAGAGAUACAGAAAAGAAUUGAAUCUUUAAUCGAAAUAUUAAAAAAUCAUGAGAUGAAAAUGAUGGCAAAGCUAGAUAACAUUCACAAAGAACAAAGCAGGAAAUUUUCUGCUCAAAGAAAACACUUUGAGAUCCAAAAGAGUCAAAUGAACGAGUGCAUUGAGUUUUGUCAGUCUGUACUUGAAAGAAAUCUAGACACUGAAAUUGUUCAAACAUUUCCUUUUGUAACAAGACGUUUUGACGAAAUGGACAAAGCCAUACAAGAAUCAACCGCYAAAUCUSCCGAGGUGGUGACAGUGUCUUACAUUGUUGAUAACACAGUKGACGAGACCAUCCAGUCAAGCAAAUUAGGCGGGGUUCACGUGAGUAUUACUGAUAUAGAGUGCUCAACACUUGAAGGGCGUGGUCUACACGAGGGGUAUCCCAACUUUUUGUCACAAUUCACUGUCGUUACAGGCAGCUCAUCGGGAAGAAUGUGUUACGCUAAGGGGGAUCGCGUGACAGUUCAGGUUUGCGGUCCACAAGGAAAAUUGAUCAAUACCGAGAUCGACGACCGCAAAGACGGACGCUAUGUUGUUAGUUUUACCCCUAGAGACAUGGGAAGUCACGACAUAUCAGUGACUAUCAAUGAUAAAACACUUAAAGGAAGCCCUUUUCACUUGGAGGUCAGUGAAAGAUACAAACUUCUUGACAUCUUUGGUUCAACUGGAGCGAGCGAUCAAAUGUUCCAACAGCCACGUGCAAUAGCUACGAGUAGCUGCGGCGAGCUUGCGGUUGCAGACAGUGGUAAUCACAGAGUCCAACUGUUCGACUGUCAAAGGAAACAGCCUAAGCAUCUCCGCCAUUUUGGAUCUCAGGGAAGUCAAAAGGGUGGGAUGAAAUGGCCAUCGGGCGUGGCGUUUGAUUCUGAGAACAACAUCUUAGUUUCUGACACGGAGAACAAUCGUAUUCAAAUCUUUUCUAAAGAUCGUGACAUCGCUCUCUCGUUUGGUCAAAACGAAGUGGAAAACCCUCAAGGAAUCUGUGUGACAGAGAAAGGACAGAUCGCUGUGUGCGCUGGAGGACAAAACCCUGGAGUCAAACUGUUUACAGAAAAUGGAAAAUUCCUGCGUCAUUUUAAUCAUGUUGAGAAUGGUCGGUUGCCCGCUUACAUCACGUAUGAAACAGGACGGUACUUUGUAUCGUAUUCUGACGGGAACGUUGUGAAAGUGUUUGACGAGAACGGUAUAUUCUUGUAUAACAUACAACUGACAGACAACGAUCCUACCGCCGAACACAGACCGCGUGGACUCACUAUCGACCGCGAUCAUAACUUACUGGUCAGUGAUUGCAAAGGUCUUGGUAUUCAAAUAUUUUCUUUGGAUGGUAAAUUUAUAAGCAAGUUUGGGGAGGAGCCGGAGAAGUUUGGACUUUGUCGGUAUGUAGAUGUGGCCGUAACGGAUGAUGGAAGACUGUUUGUUCUUCAAGACUAUGGCUUUAGUAAUAGAAUACGUAUUUUUCAUUAAUGUUGGUUCCAACGGGGCGGUUUCAAGAGUAAAUUUAUCACAAACUAUUAACAAUACAUACGUGCAGCACUUUCAAUUAAUUAUCGUUUAGUAAUCUGUUU